UCCCCCUCCGUCCUCGGAGCCCGCGGCCCUUCCUCAGCCGCGCCGCGGCACCGAGAGCUCUCCUGCUCCGCUCCGGCGGCGCCCCGAAGGUCGGGCGAGGCCGGUGCGGGGAGGGGUCGCCCCUUCCCACCGCCCCCGGAGGAAGUGACAUGAUGACGGCGGGAAGGGAAGGCGAGGGGGGCCCCGUUCCCGGAGUGGAGCCGCCCGGCGGGUGGAGCCUGGCGGCCCCGCCCGAGCCGCCCGCCCGCUCCCGCCGCGUGCAAAGUAGUGGCAGCCGGUGCGGCUCGGCCGCCGCCCGCUCCCGGCGCCCCAGCGCGGCACGCGUGCCCAGGCCUGCCGGCGCCAGAAUCAGUGAGGUUGGAAAAGACCUCAGAGAUCGAGUCCAGUCUGGGACAGAGCACCACCAUGUCAAACAGACCGUGGCACUGAGUGACAGGUCCAGUCUUUCCUUUAAACACCUCCAAGGUUGUCUUCUGAGUUUUGUGUCUGAAGGUAUCCUCUUGCUUUCUCAGCAAAUCAUGGACAUCGUUGGCUUUCUGAAGUCGCAAUUCAUUUGCCACCUUCUGAUCUGCUACAUAUUUAUUGUGUCAGGACUGAUAAUUAACUUCAUUCAACUCUUUACACUUAUACUUUGGCCAAUCAACAAGCAACUGUUCAGGAAGAUCAACUGCAGGCUGGCUUACUGCAUUUCAAGCCAGAUGGUGAUGUUGCUGGAAUGGUGGUCAGGCACCAAUUGCACCCUUUACACUGACCCAGAGAGUUACCACAAGUACGGGAAGGAGAAUGCCAUCGUAAUCCUUAAUCACAACUUUGAAAUUGACUUUCUCUGUGGUUGGAACUUUUGUGAGAGAUUUGGGGUCUUGGGGAGUUCCAAAGUGCUUGCAAAGAAGGAGCUCUCCUACAUGCCUAUCAUUGGCUGGAUGUGGUAUUUCCUGGAGAUAGUUUUCUGCAAGCGCAAGUGGGAGGAAGAUCGGAAAACUGUGGUACAGAAGUUGCUCAAUCUUCGGGACUACCCUGAAAACUUUUGGUUCCUGAUUCAUUGUGAGGGUACAAGGUUCACAGAACAGAAGCACCAGAUCAGCAUGAAGGUAGCUGAAGCCAAAGGUCUGCCCAAGCUCAAGUACCACCUCCUGCCACGAACGAAAGGAUUUGCUGUCACCGUGCAGUGUUUGAGAAAUGUAGUUUCUGCAGUCUAUGAUUCUACCCUUAAUUUUAGAAAUAAUGAAAAUCCAACAUUGCUGGGAGUUCUAAAUGGAAAGAAAUAUCAUGCAGAUUUAUAUGUAAGGCGGAUUCCACUAGAGGAUGUCCCAGAAGAUGAGCAGGAAUGUUCUACCUGGCUCCACAAACUGUAUCAAGAAAAGGAUGCAUUCCAGGAGGAAUAUUACCGCACAGGAACCUACCCAGCAGUCCCGAUAGUACCACCCCGUCGGCCAUGGACACUUUUGAACUGGCUUUUCUGGGCCUUGUUGCUGCUAUAUCCUUUGUUCCAGCUGCUCAUCAACAUGAUCAACAGUGGAUCAUCGCUGACACUGGCUAGUUUUGCAUUUGUCAUUAUAAUAGCUUCUGUUGGUGUCAGAUGGAUGAUCGGGGUUACGGAAAUUAACAAGGGCUCCACCUAUGGCAACAAUGACAACAAGCAGAAACAAAAGUAGCACCUUCAGAGACUACUUCAAUCCAAAGGGAACAAAUCAACUGCUGAAAACUCUUAAGUGCGUAUCACAGUCCUUCAAGUGAGAUCAGAGGAUGAAUAAUUGCCGUGCAUAUCUGAAUUUGUGCUCCUGUUGUUUUUCUCUGGGGUUUGGGCUGGAUGACACGCUGGAAGGAUGCACUCCUUCGUAUACUCUCAGCAACAGGUUUGCACAUGAGUGGUUGGUUUGUUUUCCUAUGAAGUGUCUUAAGUUUUGAAGGAAAAAAAAUUCCAGUGUGCUUGUAUGAAGAGACUCUAUCUGGAAACUAACCAGAGGUGCAAGCUUUAAUGUCAGAAGAUUGUUACAAGAUUAUUAAACUUGAUAGUUGUGUAGCUCACACAGUUGAACAACCAUAAUCUGUCAGUGUUUAAACACAGUACAGCGGGUGCUGUGCUUGGUUAGAGCAGUAUUGGACUGAAGCAGCUCUGCUGAGCUGGCAGAACUGCAGUAGAGUUUUUGUACAUCCAGAACCUGUUCCCACAGUGUGCACUACAUGGGCCCUUCAAAACUUCAGCCAGACCCUGCCUGCACAGCCAGACAUUGGAGCCUGGCAGUAUCAAAGCCUGGAAUCAGAAUUUGGCUUUGUGGCCUGAGCAGAGCUGAGUUACCCACUGCCCUCUUUGUCCCCAGGCCAUACAUCCCAGGGGUAGCUGAAACCUCUAAUUCUUCAGAGUAAAUGUCAUUUUUAGUUUGGAAAACUUGAAGUAGUAAAAUUCCUUUUGGCUUUAAAUGCUACUUAAAAUUCCAAGCCGUCCUAACAAUUUUGGAAACAAAAUAACUGGGCAUGGUGUAGUGAAAUAAUGCAAAGUUUGCAUUACAAAGUAUGCCCCAUACCCAUAAUGUUGUGAUCCUAAUUAACCUGCUUGUUUGUCUUUUCUGAUAAACUAGUUUACUUGGUGCCUCAUAACCAUCAGCCUGAAGUAAUAGUAAAUUAUUUUCUUCUGGGGAGGAAGGGGAACUAGGAGAGAGACCUGGAACAGUGGGUAUGGCUGAUGUUUUUAAUGUCUGUCUUGAUUUGACACCCUUCUGAAUUAAAUAAAACUAGAACCAAGCUCUGAGGAAAAGGGGGUUGCUCUGACAUUCCUGGUACUGAUCUCAGGGCAGCUGCCUCCUGUUUUUAAACUUCCAGAGUUAAGGCUCUGCAGGUUACUAGAACUAACUUGUUUAAAGCAGGGAAAACAAAAAGGAAAGGAGGGGACAUUAAUAGCAAAUAUGAUUGGAAAAAAACCCCAAUUUUUUGAAGUCUACAGCUCUCGACACUGAGUGGUGGAGGUUGUGAUUGACACUUUCAAAGACAGUCCAUAUUCACUUGGCAUAGAUCUAAACCAGACAGUCUUUAGGGAAGAAAGUGAGUAGUCUUACUCUAGCAGCUGGUAUAAAAACAAGGCUCUUUUCAUAUAAUAAAACCGAGGCCGGAAGAAACAGGCUAAUACAGCAAUACUAAUUAUUCCAUGAAAUAUGUAUUUGCUAUUCAGUACAUCAGAUAAUCUAGAAACUCACCUUUUAAUAUGCAGAACCUAAAAAGCAGGUGAAGUAGUGCUUUUAGCAUGGAGCAUUAAGUGAAGUUUGGGGAUAGUGGAGGCAGUAACAUUUACAACAUGAAGGAAGGCAUAGGCAGUGUUGAGAGACUGCCUUGGGAGGCUUUUUGCCUCACACAUCUUGUGUACACAGGCAUUCCCUAUAUUCUGAAGCUUUCAGGAACAGGUUGUUCAAUGUCAUGAACAGAAACAUGGGCUCAGAUGUUUCUGGAGCCCAAGAGUAGAAAAUACUGAAAUGUUUACAGUGCUGUUUAAUAAAGCACAUGCCCUGCACUCUGUUUGCUGUAACACUCUUAACAGUGAAAAACUGAGUAUUGCAUCCUGUAGUAGCAUUAACAAGCCUGACCUGAAGCCACUGUACACAAGAGCUGGAAAAUGGGUGGGAGGGGAGAAAGGAAAGGCCUCUCCAGGGUAGCAUUUUACUGUGAACACUACCUGGCAGGCCCAGUGGCCUUUUCUCAGGGUGGUAGGUGAGCAGUUCUGAGCAGCAAAUACAUAUUCCUGGAGUGACAAAGGCUGUUCUGCCUUUCUGAGAGCCACGGAUUUAACAUGCAGUAAGUAAAACCUUCUGAAAGAGUGAUGAGAUGAUUUCACACCCCUUUCCCUGGGACCAACCCUUAAAACAGGCUGAGGGCCAAACAUGCCACUCCUGUAUCCAUCCUCCUAACCACUUGUGCAAGUCCCGGCACACCACUGAGGCCCUUCCAGCACUCAACUGACAGACAGAGAAAGCUUAAUGGUCCUUGCCAAAGUUAAACUUCUCCAGUUCACUGUAUUAAAAAAAUGACAUAGGUUAUUAGGAAGCAGUGUUUGCCCCUCAUCCCCACAAGCAACUGUAUGUUCUACAACUGCCUUAACAAAAUUAGUCUUAAUGUUUGUUUAUACAAAAAUAAAAGUAUAAAAAGCUAAUAUGCAGUGAAUGAGUUUUCUUUUGGUUGGCAAGAACAAACUGGUAAGAGUAUGUCACCUUUAUCCUGACUUCUAAAAACUGUCCACUGUUCCUGUCUGUGUUCAAGGGCACCUGAAACAAGGCAAGUGAGGACACAACUCACUCAGAUACUUCUGUUACACUGCAAAGUGAAGCACACAGCAAGCUGGGGGGACACUUCUACCUCUGGUACUCUCAUAGUCCUUUACUGAGGAUGACAACAUACCUCCUAUCACACAGCUGAAAAUAGAGCCCUGAAAAGAAGGGGAAGUCUUUGUUUCAAUUUAGCAUUAUAUUUUUUGAGAGCAUAAAUAUCUGUACAGGUGACAUGCACAGCAAGGUUCAUACUUUCCUAGGUAGAAAUGCCAGAUUUUGUGGAACCUCCUUGACAACUCACCCCACACCUGUGACUAAUCAAGAAUUUGUGGAUUAAGAUGAGAGACAAGACACUAAAAUAUAAAACUAAAUACUAAAAGCAAGUUUUAAAUUACCUGUUUUAAGUCUGAAGCUGUAACAGAAAUAUGUAAACUUGCACUAAUGUUUACAAGUAACAGUUUUAAGUCACCUGAUGGAAUAGCAAGGAAAAAAAAAAUCAACUACAUCAUGCAUUGCAGGCUAUUUCUUCCAACUGCUAACCACUUCUAGUCUCUCUUCUGAGGCUGAUGACAGCUGAGGUGUAGUGGGGAAAUGAAAGCCCAGGAUCAGAAGUCAGUUUUCAAAAGGUAACAGUAGAUUCUUGGUUUUGCCAAACACAACACAAGAAUCAGCUUGUACAGCUGUCUUCUAGAAGACAAAAAUGUCAUGCAGAGCACUCCCUGUUCACAGUGCAGACAUCCAAGAAGGAAAGCAUCCCUUAGAUAAAAGGCACUGUCAGGAAUUGCCCAUCACCGUCUUUUCUCAGAAGGUGAUGAAAGGGGGAACCUUACUUCUCUUACCUCUUGUGUAAGAAACAUCUCACAGUACUCAUCUUGAAACUUGACAAACAGUGACUAUUGCAAUACAAGAGCAGCUUAUUCUAGUUAGGUCAGCUUAGCAGUCUUUUCCCAGUGUUGUAAAAAAGUUUAACAUGUGGCACAGUCCCACAUUUACUUGCAGAAGAAAAACCCUUCACCAACAUCUCCUAAAAUAAACCAUUUAUUGAGAAAAACCUUUUUUUUUUUUAAUUUCAAUUAUCAGCCUUGUGCAUAACAAAUCCGAAGCUUGCCAAAAACAAAUAAACAAAA